GAGACGUGAUAUUAUUAUUGGGUAAGAAGGAAUUGGAUGAAAAAGAAAGAAAAUAAAUUGAGAAAAACUUUGCUAUGUUAUGAAUCUCUCUCUUUGUUCUAGCAUAAAUGGAAUUUGCUUCGAUCUUCCUAAAUUUCUGGAAUUUGCUUCGAUUUUCCAGCACCGAUCUUCUUGCGUCUUGCAGACCAAGCUACUUCAGUUCUGCAAUCCAAUUAUUUCAAUGGUGGGUCUUCAAACUCUAUUAUUUCAUCUAGGCGAUAAUUAAUUAUGGCAGACGAACUACAAAGAGGAUUGAAGAAUCUAUGCCAAUGCAUCGCCGGUAUGAAUUCCAAACCUGGGAAUGUAAGAGAAGUAACACAGCAGUAGGAAGCAAGUAAGGGGGAUCAAUGGCAGAGUCUCUAGCAGUUGAUGCAGUGAAAGCAGUGGCGCAAUUGGUGGGAGCGCAAGCUUGGGAGGAGAUAAGUCUUGCAUGGGGUUUCCAAGAUCACCUUGAAAAACUCAAGGACAAGUUCUUGGACACCCAAGCUUUCCUAGAGGAUGUAGGAAGUGCAAUGCAUGCAGAGAAGAGCCGAGUUGUGAACCGUUGGCUUGAAAAAGUCAAGGAUGUGGCUUAUCUUGCUGACAAUAUCAUGGAUGACUAUGCCUAUGAAAUCCUCCGCAGAAAACUUGAGGUCGGUAAGAAUAUCUCAUUGAAGAAGUUGCGCAACUUGUUCAGUUGCAACAAUAACACUACAGUCUUCCGCUUUCGGAUGACUCACAAGGUGCUUGAGAUCCUCUCCAAGUUCGAUGAGCUGGACAAGGAAGCCCAUAGAAUUGGUCUUCGACAAGUGAAGCUUUCACGUGAAGCAAUUACCACUGCAUCUUACAAUGAGGAGUAUGCCAACUUGUAUCAAGUUCGGAAACAUGCUGCUGCACGUGCUUUUGACUUCGUAGGAAGGAAGGAUGAUGAGAAGAAGUUACUACAAAUGCUUUGCAACACCACUAAUAUGGAAGGUGAUCUGUCCACCAUUGCCAUCUUUGGAAUUGGAGGUCUUGGCAAGACAACUCUAGCUAGACGUCUAUACGAACACGAGGUAAUUGAUGGACAUUUUGGGAAGAAAAAGGUUUGGAUAUGUGUGUCUGAAACUUUCGAUAUCAAAAGACUUUUGAAGGAGAUGCUUGAAUCACUUACAUCGCGUAGAAUUGAUCUGUCUAACACUGGUGCGAUCAUAGAGAAACUCCGAGAAGAGUUUAAGGGAAUGAAAUUCUUACUUGUGCUUGAUGAUGUAUGGAACAAGAAUCAGGAGUUAUGGGAUUCUCUAAAAUCUGAAUUACAGAGAAUCGGCGAUGCAUCAGGAAGUGUAGUUUUUAUUACCACUCGUAGCAUUGAAGUUGCAACCAAAGCCGGAGCCAUCUAUAAGCACAAGUUGGAAGGAUUAUCGGAAGACGAUGGCUGGGCUUUGUUGAAGCAUAAAGUUUUUGCUAGUGAAACAUUGCUAAACAUUUCUGAAUUUGAGGAUAUCGGUAGAAGGAUUGUGAUGAAGUGUAAGGGAGUUCCUUUGGCAAUAAAAGCGAUGAGAGGCUUUUUGCAGUCAAAGAAGCAUCCAUCUGAAUGGGAUUCGAUAGUGACAAGUGAAUUAUGGGAUUUGCCACAAGAUCAUGAUGAAAACUCAAUUUUACCAUCCUUAUUGCUGAGCUACAACCAUUUACCAUCUGUGUCUGUAAAGCAGUGUUUUGCAUACUGUGCCAUUUUCCCUAAAGACAGCAAACUGAAGAAGCAUGUUUUGAUUUCACUUUGGAUGGCUCAGGGCUUCCUCCAUGAAUCAAAAAUGAGCAACUUAUCGUGCACAAUGGAAAAAGUUGGUGAGAGAUAUUUUGAUGUUUUGUUGAACAAUUCGUUCUUACAAGAGGAAGAAGAAGUCGACGUAAUCGGUGAGAUUAGUUCAUAUAAAAUGCAUGAUUUACUGCAUGAUCUUGCAGCCUUUAUUUCAAAAAAGGAUUUGUUUGUCUCGAAAGCAGUGGCCGAACUAGAGGAUAUCUUCAGUGUACGACAUAUUGUUAUCAAUUCUGGAAAGGAAGAAAUAACGCCAGAAAUUCCUACGAAAGUGGCAAUACGUAAUUUAAGGACAAUAAGUAUUUGGGGAGGUGUACCAAGGUGGGAUUCAGUCAUUUCCGCACGAUACAUGCGAGUAUUAAUCAUGGUCGAUAUUGGGCUGAAAGAGAUUCCUCCUGUUAUUGGGCAGCUUAUACAUUUAAGGUAUCUUGACCUCUCUGAGAAUUAUAUAAAAACAUUACCCGAGUCAAUCUGUAAACUUUAUCAAUUACAAACUCUAAGACUCUUGCACACAAUCAUAUUGUGCGAGCUACCUAAAGAACUGCAUAGGCUGGAAAAUUUAAGACAUAUAGAGACAACAGAUUACUUGUCUCCAUCAAGAGGACUACGACAAUUAACCAGCCUGCAAACGCUACCUCAUCUUAAGUUACGUGAUGGAGAAGGGUGGACAAUUGAUGAAUUAGGCCCUCUGCAUCAAGUAAGGGGUAAGUUGUACAUCAAUGGUCUUGAAGUUGUGAAGAACAAGGAAGAAGCACGAAAAGCUUUUCUUUGUAGGAAGGAUGGAAUUUCGGAAUUAAAAUUGGAAUGGGAAUCAUUUUGGCGGUGUAUAAAAGGACGUGACAAAAAUAAUUUGGAUGAGGAUGUAUUAGAUAGUCUUGAACCUCACCCAAACAUAAAAUCAUUAAGUGUAUCAGGAUUCAUGGGGGAAAGCUUUCCUUCUUGGAUAAUGACGAUGGUUGUAAAGCAAAGAGAUGUUACAAGCCCUCUCAGUAACCUCGCAAGGGUGGAACUAAGUGAUUGCAAGAGAUGCCAACAACUUCCUACACUCGGGCAACUACCUUUUUUGAGGAUUUUGAAGCUAGAAGAAUUCGAGAGUGUGGAAUGUAUAGGCGAUGGAUUUUAUCAAAGCAGCACCAUCACUGCAACAAAGCUUCAUGAUCUGGGUACAGCAGGAGUACUAUUUCGGGCUUUAAGGGAGCUUUAUGUUAAGAAUUUUGAGAGUUUGACCUCUUGGAUGUCACCAUCCCCGGCACUUGUGGCAACUGCUUUUCCCAGUCUUGAAACUCUAGAAAUAGAAAGAUGCCCAUUGCUGAAAAUGGUGCCAGCUUUUAAUGUUCGAUCCUUAAAGCAUCUAGAACUUGAAGAUCUUGGUGGCGCUCAACCAUUGGAUCUCAUCAGAUAUAGUCACAAUCUCAACUCACUCAGUGUACAUGAUAUUCUUGAACUGCAAAGUCUACCUCAAGAGCUGUUAAAUUGUACUGACUUGCAGAAGUUACAUAUAUCGAGUUGUGAGAAUCUGAAGUAUUUGCCCAACGAAAUGUCAAGAUCUCUAACGGAGUUGGGAAUAUGGGGUUGCCCAUCUUUGACAUGUAUUCCAACUAGUUUGGGAGAAUGCACAUCUUUGAAGUCUUUGAGUAUAAGUGAUUGUCCAUCAAUACAAGGUCCUCUCCCAGAUUUAAGCAAAUUGCAGGGCCUUGGGGAACUGGAUUUGGUUGAUUCAGGAGAGUUAAUGACUUCUGCAGCGAAGUGGAUUUCACAUCUCCAUCGCCUUUGGGGAUUGGAAAUAGGCGGGUUUAAAGAUGAAGAAGAAUUCAAACACUUCUUAUCUAGCAUGACUCUCCCACUCACCUUCAUAUCAAACCAAUCCUUUACGCGGCUUACUUUGAAGGCUUGCCCAAAUGUGAAGGCUCUACCUCAACAACUUCAACUCUUCCUUACAUCUACCCUUCGCAUUCUGCAGAUUUGGCAAUUUCAUGAUUUAGAAGGACUUCCGGAGUGGAUAGGCAACUUUUCAUCGCUUGAAAGAUUGAUUCUAAGAGAGUGCAAGAAUUUGAAAUUUUUACCUUCGAAACAGGCCAUGCUGCGUCUCUGCAAGUUAGAGACGUUCAUGGUCUAUGCGUGCCCUCUAUUGGUUGAAAGAUGUGUUGAAGACACUGGACCUGAAUGGAUCAAAAUCUCACACGUUCCUAUGAUUGAUAUUUAUAGAAUCUAGUUGUUCAAGUCUUUCCAGAAUCGGGGUAGUUCAAGAAGAAUCGGGGUAGUUCAAGAAGAAAGCAGAUGAAGUUGAUGAUUCUGGUGACUCUCUGCUAUCCCUUUUGUUGUGACGGGCAAAUGGACAUCCUGGGCUUUACUCAAUGGCUCGUAUUCCUUCUCCGACAAAAAUGUAUCAUUACUAUUGAAGAUAUCAGAGAGAUUAGAGAGUUUUGUAUAGAGAGAGAAAGAGAGGAUGAGAGAAUUUUAUUAUGUAAGAGAAUGAUCUACAAAGUUAGAAUGAGGUCACUUUAUAUAGUGCCCUUUUACAUUGCUCUCUAACAACUUAUUUCUUU